UUGAGUCGCCUUCAGGGCGAGGAGAGGAGGCUUCGCCGAGGCGCUUUGGGGUCCGGUUCCUCCGCCAGCCUCGGCCCUCGGGGAGCCCCGAGGGGCGGCCGGAGGACCCCCCGAGGAUUAUUCUCUGAAGAUUUUCAUGCUGACGAUGUCUAAAUGGUGAUUCCACAUGGCUACAAAGGACAAACGAAGUUCUCCACCAAAUCACCCCCCAGAUCCUUUCCUGGAAAAGACAGUAGCAAAUUGGGGCUCCAUUCUAGAUUCAGUAAAAGAUCAGCUCCCAUCUCUGGAUUCGGAUUCUUCUUCAUCUGAUUACGAUGAUGAAGAACUGUUCAUUUUCCAACGAGAUGAAGCGACUCUGAUCCCCGAUCUGUCUGAAGAGCUGGCCGAUCUUUCUCCAGAUGUUCUAGAUGACCAGCAAAGGCAAGAAACAAUAAAGAAGUUAAGAGAAGCCUGGAUUGGAGGCCAGGAGGUUUCAGCCAUUCCACAAAAGGACAUUAUCCAACCUCUAAAAAUCAGGUGGCCUUCUCAAGACAGUAAGGCGGCAGAUGCUCUCCUCAGAAUCCCAGAAGAAACUCCCAAGUGGCAGAAAGGCGACUCGUUGGAAUUUUCUGAGCCAUCUACAGUGAAAGACCUGACAGAAGGACCUCAGGGAGAGGAAGACGCUACUCAGUCGGGGGAAAGAGGUCAGGCAACUGAUCAUUUUUGCUUUGAUAUCUCACCCCUGACAGAAGACUCAGAGCUGUUAAACUGGAAAACUACCAGAAGAGAGAGAGAGAAGAUGAUAAAAACGACUAUCCUCCAUAAGGAGACUCUCAAACCUCCUCUCGGGGUCUUAGAAAAGCCAGAGCUCACAAAAUGUCUUCCCUCUAAGUCUGUGGAUGACCAGGUGGAGCAAAGCACUGGAUCAGAAGAGGAGCAAGAAGCCAUGUCAGACAAGAAGGCCAAAGGACUGACAUUACUUUCUUUCCAGGAACUCAACCAAUUGGAUUUAGACAGGAUUCUUCGGAGCCUGAAGGAGCAGGAAGACUGGGGCGAUCACUCGGGAGGACCCUCAUGCUCUGCAGCGGAUCCCACUCGCAGCCAAGAAAGUUUGGCAGCAAAAUCGCAGGACAAGCUUAUGGAGCAGCUGGUCAACUUGUGUGCCAAGCAAUCCAAGGCCAUGUCUUCGUGCUACAUGGAGCCAACUGACAAGCUUUGUUCCUCCAAGGAGCUCCAGGUCAGAAGAAGCAGAGGAGAUAGCUUCUUACCAACUUGGCCAAGUCAAGGCCUGCAUGAAGGAUUGCACCUGAGGGGCAAACCAGAGCCCCCCACAGUUUUCAUCGAUCUAAGGACUUCUCUGCUCCAGAAAUCAGAACAGGACCCCCAAGAGCCAUGGAAAGACCCAAGCUCGAGUUACUGUUCCAGUGAUAGAGGGGAGGAGGAGCAGGAGGAUGAGGAGGAUGAGGAGGACGAGGAGGACGAGGAGGACAAGGAGGAAGAGACCCAACUUCUUAAGGAAGAAGAGAAACAGAAGAGAGUGCUACUGUCUUCCCCGAGUCCAAGCAGAGACUAUACCGGGAAAAGUCUACUUCUGCGACAACUCCGAGCUUUCCGAAAUAAAAUCUCUCAACCAUAGGGAACGAUCUCUCAGGAUGUAACCGGAGAAAAAUCGGGGCCAGAACCCAGGAACGAUUGAAGAAAUGGACAGGUUCAGAAUUGGGAAAAAGCAACAUUUAGAAACAAGAAAGACGCAGCUUCAGCAUAGCCCAAUCCAAUUAGAAGUGGAGGCGAAAAGCUCCCCUUUUCCCAGGCCAGCACGAGGAUCUGCCGGCGGAAAAACAAGAGGUUCAAGGUGGGAUCUUCAUUCAGCAAAAUCCCUAGUGGAGAUGCCACCCUUCCUUUGAACCAAGCAGUAGAAUCAUCCAGGUAAAGAUGGCGGGGGAGCAAAGUCAGCAGUACUCAUUCUAUUUGUGAUUUCAAAGCUUUAGCCACCACACUAUUUAGCGGGUGCGUCGACCCGAGAGAACUCUGGCUGCUGACCUUUAAAAAACUGAAUAAAAUUUGUUUCUCUUUCUCCUUCGA